GCCGCCUGAGAGGCGGGUGCGCUGCUGAGGCUGCUGCGGAGGCUGCUGGUGCCGCGGGCUGGGCAGUAGCGCCCGCCGCCCGCGCGGGACCGCUCGUCGCUGUGCGGCCGCUCUGCCAGCCUCGGCGCCCGGCGAGGACCUCAGUUCACAAGGGUGGUGAUUCCCAGGCUUUCUCGAAAUGUACCUCAUUUUCUGGCACACUUAACACUGAAGGUGAAUUCUCCUUUUAACAAGAAGAAAAUUCUGGUGGAGAGCUACCCAACAGGGAAAGGACGUGUGGCUGUUACGGUAGUAACAUUUAACAAAACCAUGGCCAUGGAGGAAAUUAAACUCACACAGAAUGUCCAUAAUGAGGCUCUGAGUGCUGAUGUUUCAGACAAGAAGAAGGGAGGCAAAUUCCAGCCUUUUAAGAAGUUGUUUGGCAAAAGGAAAAAGAAAGACACUUCGAUUUCCCGGGAGGCGGAGGCAGGAAGGAAGAGCCACUCUCCCCAGAGCGUCAGCAAUGGCACCUUCUCUUCCGAUGAGGAGACCCUGGAGGACAGCCUAAGGUUCUUCAACUAUUCUUUGGGAGCCCGGGCGUUUUCCCAUGACAGUAUUUUUAUCCCUGAUGGGGGAGCAGAAAGUGAGCAGACAGUUCAAGCAAUGUCACAGGACAACAUCCUGGGCAAAGUCAAAACUCUUCAGCGACAGUUGGGCAAGAACAUCAAGUUUGGGCAGCCGGCGCCCAGUGCCACGCCCUUGAAGAGGGCAGACAGCGGGGAGGCCAGCCUGGAAGGGGACCCGCUCCUGGCCAGUCCCAUGGAACCUGUGACUCAGCAGGACCUCAUCCUCCCAGACGCCGAGAACAAAUCUAGUGACACGCCUAGUUCUCCGAGUCCUCCGAAUCCGCCUGGAGCCAGAAGUGAGAUGGAAGAGAAGGCAGCCCCAGCUAAACCUUCUCGGCCAAAAAGGCACUUCUCUUCUGCUGGCACCAUCGAAAGUGUCAACCUGGACGCCAUCCCCUUGGCCAUCGCUCGCUUGGACAACAGUGCCGCCAAGCACAAACUCUCCGUUAAGCCAAAAAACCAGAGGGUGUCAAAGAAGCACAGGCGACUUGGACUUGCCGGGGCUCGACCAAAUGAACAAGGAGGCCUUCCGAGCCGGCUGUCCCUGGACCAGAAUGGACACCCUGGAGAAGACAAGCUGAUGUGGCACGAAGAGGAGCCGGAGCCUCUGGACGCCGAGGAAGAGAAGAGAUGCCAGGAAGAAUACUGGCGAGAACUGGAGGCCAAGUGCAAGCGGCAGAAGGCGGAGGCAGCCGAGAGGAGACGCCUGGAGGAGCAGAGGCUCCGGGCGCUGGAGCAGCGGCUUUGGGAAGAGAACCGCAGGCAGGAGCUCCUGGAGGAGGAAGGAGAGGAAGAGAGAGAGGAGGGAGAACCACAGCCAGAGGCAGGGAAGAGGCAGUGCACAGAGGAAAGGCGGAGGCUGGAGGAGCAAGGUGGCCCAGCCCCAGAGUGCAGGGAGCCAGAGGAGGGCGGGCCCCAGGAAGCGGGAGAGCAGGAGCCCCCGGAGGAAGAGGCUGAGCGGCUGCAGAGCCUCGCGCACCAGGAGCUGGAGGCGCGGAGCAGACAGGAGGCGGAGAAGCUGGAGGAGCGGAGCAGACAGGAGGCGGAGAAGCGGCGGCAGGAAGCAGAGGAGAGAGAGUUGAAGGAACUCAGGAGACUGGAGGAGCAGAGGCGGCGGGAAGCGGAGAAGCAGCGAUUGGAGGAAGAGGAGAGGAAGAGGCAGGAGGAGGAGCUGAGGCUGCGGGAGGAAGAGGAGAGGAAGAAGCAGGAGGAGGAGGAGCGGAGGCUGCGGGAGGAAGAGGAGAGGAAGAGGCGGGAGGAGGAGGAACAGAGGCUGCGGAAGGAGGAGGAGGAGGAGGAUCAGAGGCGGCGGGAGGAAGAAGAGAACCGGACGAAGGAGCUCAGAAGGCGGGAAGAGGAGGAGGCAAGGAGAAGGGAAGAGCUGAGAAAAAGGCAGGAGGAAGUGGAGGCGCAGCGGCGGCGGGAAGCGGAAAAGGAGCCUCAGGGAGCACGGAGAGGGGAGGAGAGCGGGCUGGGGGCGGACGACAGGAGCCCGCUUCAGACGGACUGUGCAGGGGAGCCAGAGCACCUGAAGCCGGAGAAGCAAAGAGGGAACGCCGAGGCAGCAAGCGCCUGCGGGAAGCAGAGUCCCGAGGCUGAGCCCCCCGGAGAGCCGCAGGCGCAGCGGGGGGAUGCUCGCGGGCAGGAUGGGUGUGCGGGCCCGGAAGAGAGAAGCGAAGCCCGCACGCCUCCUCCCCAGAAACCAGGGGUGUGCGGGGACAGAGACCGCAGGGUGGAGGAGCUGAGGUGGCAGGAGGUGGAGGAGCGGCAGACCAUGCCUCGGCCCUACACUUUCCAGGUGUCCUCGGGAGGGAAACAGAUUCUCUUCCCCAAAGUCAACCUGAGCCCCAUGACGCCCACGAGAGACGCGGGACUAGCCUCUGCUCCCCACCAGCCAAAGGCCCCCCGGGCCAGCCCGGCCCCCCACGCCCUGCCCUCGUCGCUGAGCAUCCCCCACACGGCCAUCCUGGUCACGGGGGCCCAGCUGUGCGGCCCCGCCGUCAACCUGAGCCAGAUCAAGGACACGGCGUGCAAGUCUCUGCUGGGUUUAUCGGAGGAAAAGAAGCACGGGGACGCCCCCACCCCGGACCACCCACCCCGCGCCCCGGCCGACCCCCGGGCCGGCGGCGGGAAGGCCCGGCCCCCCCAGGAGUCGAGCAGCGCGGCUGCCCUGGCCGAGUGGGCAUCCAUUCGGUCCCGCAUCCUGAAGAGCGCGGAGGGCGACCCGCGAGGCAAGAAAGACCAGCCCCCGCCUGGGGAUGAGCCCGCGCCCCGGGGCCGCUGUGACUCCCGGGGGGCCCUCCGGAAGACCCCGCCAGGAAACGCCAAGUUCUCGAUCAUGCCUGCCUGGCAGAAGUUCUCGGAUGGGGGCGCAGAGACCUCCAAACAGAGCGCAGGAGCUGAAAGCACGAGAAAAAGGCCCGGGCUGGGAGCCAGCGACCAGGCAGCGCCCCCGCCCCUGGCUGCCGAGAGCGAUGAGCCCCAGAAAGGCCCAGAGCAUGUAGGGGCGCGCCAGGAGCCAGCAGACACCACCGAGGGCUGCAAAUUUGCCAAAGACCUUCCAUCCUUCCUUGUUCCGAGCCCUCCGUACCCUCCGCAGAAAGCAGUGGCCCAGGCGGAGCCCGUGACCGCGUCGGGCAGUGAGACCGCCGGAAAGCCGGACCCCGCGUUGCCAGGUGGGGAGGAAAAGGCCUCCUCACCUUUUGGGAUAAAGCUGAGAAGGACCAACUACUCCUUGCGCUUCCACUGCGACCAGCAGGCAGAGCAGAAGAAGAAGAAGAGGAACAGCAGCACUGGGGACAGUGCAGAGGGGGGGCCGCCGGCACCAGCGUGCACGGAUGGAGAGAAGGCGGCAGAGGGUGCUCCGGCCCUUAAGGAUGGCCCAUCCCUCCCCGCAGAGAGCAAGCAAGGCCCCGGCAGCUGGAAGGACUCUGCCGUCAGCCCUUCCAGCCCCCCUCCCACAGCCCAGCCUGGACCCUCACCGGUCAGCAGCCAGACCCCGGCCCCGGAGCUCACCAAGGCAGCAAACAGAAUGCCGAUGGCGCAGAAGCCAGCCCUGGCGCCCAAGCCCUCCGGUCAGACGCCACCGACCUCCCCGCUCUGCAAGCUGAGCAGGCCCUACCUGGUAGAGCUGCUGGCUCGGCGGCCGGGGAAGCCUGACCCGGAGCCCAGUGAGCUGUGCAAGGAGGGCCAGGAGCGCCGUGAGCCUGGGCCACCCUCGCCACCACCUCCCAGGAGGGAAGAGAAGGAAGAGGCGGAAGCAGAGAGGAAAGCUGCAGCCCCACAGGAGAAGCCUUCCCAAACGCCCGAGGCCGGGAGGAAAGAAAAGCCGGUGCUUCAGAGCAGACACUCUUUAGAUGGCUCCAAACUUGUGGAGAAAGUUGAAACCGCGCAGCCACUGUGGAUAACGUUAGCCCUGCAAAAGCAGAAGGGGUUUCGGGAGCAACAAGCAACUCGAGAGGAGAGGAAGCAAGCGAGGGAGGCCAAACAGGCAGAAAAGCUCUCCAAAGACAACGUCAGUGUCAGCAGAGCUGGAUCCCUGCUCAAGUCCAUGGCUCCUCCAGAAGACAAGAAGCCGGAGACAGCAGGGUCCCGGCUUGAGCGCAGAGAGCAGCUGAAAAAGGCCAACACCCUUCCCACAUCUGUGACAGUGGAGAUCUCUGAUUCGCCUCCCCCAGCGCCACUGGUGAAAGAAGUCACAAAGAGGUUUUCCACCCCAGAUGCUGCUCCCGUGUCAACAGAACCAGCCUGGCUGGCUUUGGCCAAAAGGAAAGCCAAGGCCUGGAGCGACUGCCCACAGAUUAUUAAGUAAAGAGUGACUCUUCUCCAUUCCUAUUCCCAGUUAUUGGCUCCUCUCUUGUCCUUUUUAUUUAUUUUUUAUAUGAGGUAAAGAAACCAAGCUAGGGAAAAGAAGCAUGUUUUAUAGGCUCUAAAAUAACAUUUAGAAACUGAACUGGUGGUAUUCCUUGUAAGAGUGUAUUUGCACAACCCUAGGUCCUGAUGCCUUGAGCUCCUCCUAGUUCUAAAGAGAAAGUUCUGUCCGAGGGACCACAGGAAGCAAGACCUCCUAAGAACUCCUCAGGAGAGCCUGCCACCCCAUUCCACACGGACACCCAUACACCACUGAACAUGUACUUUUGCCAAUCUUUAUCAUGGUUUUUUGACUCUGUGCUCCAAUUUCUUUCAUCCAAAACCUUUACCCUGCCAUAUUUAAGGAUUUCUAUCUCCUUCUACAGCAAUGGUGAAAGGACCACAGGGAGAAAGAAAUAAGAACUCUCCUUCUCCUGACUGCAGCCAGUAACUGAAUUGCAAGUCACAGUCUGGCUCCCAACUCUGUGCCCAUGUCUGGUUUUCAUGAAUUUUCCCCAACCUGAACUAACACAGAAAGGGAAUCCAUCCACGCCUCUUCCACACUGAUCCACAGACCCCAUUACACCAGGACUCUCCUUCAGGACAUGUUCAACAUUUGGCCCAUUUAGCUCCAAGGGAACAUUUUUCUUUAAUAUUGUUUAAAAAAAAAAAAAAAGGAAAUUACAAAUGCUCUUUCUGUCUGAGACUCCCCCCAUCUAGUGCAGUUGUUCUUGAGAUGUCCAGGCUCCAUCAGGCCUAGAAAUGUAUAUUCUGGCAAAACGCUUCAAAUGAAUUGUGAUAUAUCCAAGGUUGAGAACCUUGGAAUACACUGCUUCUACUGUAAUCUAGAUUUUAAAACUUUGGGAGAUUCUGCACCCAAAGAAGCAAAAGUGAGAUGGGAAAAAUAAUAAAACCAUUAACAGGAAGAUAAGAUUUGGAGCCUUUGUACUAAGGAUCUCCUGUGGGAAGUUUCCUUCUUUACCAUAACUGACUAAUUCAUAUUCAGAGUCAAAUAUUCAACAGCAUUUAUCAUUCAGAGCAUUCACCUUGCUACCUUUAAAAAACAUCUCAGAGUUUUAAGUGGCCUUGUUAUUAUACACAUGUGAUACAAAGAAGGGACCUGGCUAUUUAAAAGCCACAUAUAGUCACUAUUUCCCUAAAUUUGCUUUACAUGAAACAUAGACAUACAGCAAGCCCACACAUUGCUGCUGCUCAUUUUACAUUUCGUGGUGUUGGCACACUCCCAUUUUCUUAGCUCCUGACUCCCAAGUAUAAGUACAGAUCUUUUGCCCAGUGCAAGGAAAAUCUCAUCCUUUUUUCCUCUCCUACAGAAAAACACAUUUUAUUAUUAUGCAUCAUUAUUCUCCUUUAUGCUCACUUAACAGGCAAUGUGCUAUUAUUCUGUGCUGUUAUUCUACUAUUUACCUUACAGAAAGGAUGACUGGCAGUCAUUUACCAUAUAGAAGGCAUUUUCUUUCUGGAGACGAUGGCUCGGCCUUAUGGUAGCAGCUGGCAUGUGUGGUCAUAAGGAUAGCCGUACUCUUGCAAGUAGGGUUUAGUAUUAUAUAUAUACAUACUGGACCUUCAGACUGUUAAGAAUCAAUGGAACUUUAAUUUUUUUUAUCGCUAUGGGAAGCAAUAUUCUACUGCACGUUUUCCAGCUGAUGUUCAUUUUUAAGUCAAAUAUAUAGACAUUUGUUAGUUUCAAUGAUUUCCUCACUAAUAUAGCACUUUUUAAUAGGAGUUUUUUCACCCGAGUCCUGGAAUUUUAGUGCCACAGUAAUUCAUCCGAAUUGACCUUUUCUAUCUUACCAGUUUUGGGUGUCACAGUAGUGGCAGAGAGCAAGUGAAGAAAUCUGAUUAACGAGGAAUGGGAGAUGAGUGCACUCUGUACUGGCUCACUUACCAUAAAGCCCAUACGAAAUAGGAGAAAUGACUCAGUUAAAAAGUUUCCUUCAAAAUCUUUAAAAGAAGAGUAUACUGAGGAAAGCACAGUCACAGCAUUUACUUCCAACAACUUCUAAAGGCUGUAUGUUUAAUAUUUCAUGUAAAAAUUACUCCAAAUUUGCACUAAAUACCAAUGAAGUGUUAUUUUGCUUUAA